GGGCAAUCCAGCCCAGCACGCAAGGCGCACGACAAGCAGGCGCACAUUUUUGACAUAUCGCUAUCUGAACUUAUUACUAUCGUGACAUGUUAAAUAUGCCUGCCGACAACCCCUGCCCGAGCGCCGGGCUAGCGCACCGGAAAUGACAGCUUGUGACAACGCAACUUGUGUGCUCUUAAAAUGUAUGUUAAUGGCUCCAUGUUAACAGGCCAAUACAACCAAUCAGCUAGGGGGCCAGCCCGAGCCUGCAAAUUGUGAGGCCCAGCUCGCGGACUUCGCACACCGGCUGGAGGCCACAACGAUGAGCCUAAGCACCUCAGACUACAUUACUGUGCUGCUGAAGGACGGCCUUGGCGGCCGACGCCAGGCACGUGUCAACUUGCCUGUCAGCAGUUUUUCUGUCUUGCAAGACGAGAUUCGGCGCGCGUUCCAGCCUGAGCUGGACCAGCAGGAGUUUUACCUUGUCACCAACAACAAGGUGGUCAACUCAGAUGCCGUGCUGAGACGGCUGCGGCCGGGUGGGCAGGUGGGCGUGUGCCUGGGCGCCGCACCGCCACGACCGUCAUUAUCUGCUGCCCCGCCGGCGAGCAGCUUGCCCAGCGGCGCUGGCACUGCCGCCGGGGCUGGCAGUGCGGUGCGCAGCCGGCCUCCAGCUGGGCCCAGCAGACCCGCCACGAGCACGGCAGCGGGCCCGGCCGCGCCGCAUGGCACCAGCGAGCGGAAGACGGAGGCGAGCUCGCCCACCGGCAGUCUGGACUACAGGCCGCCGGCAAAGGAGCGCAUCAGCUUUAUCCCACACCCUAAGACGCUGACCAUGGCGGGCGACUACGAAUACUUUUCCGCACGGGGGCAUCACCCCUUCGCGUUCGCGCUGGCGGAGCUGGUGGACAACGCCCUGAGGGCCACCAAGGGGCAGGCCCAACAGCACCAGAAGCAGCAGGAUGCUGACGCGGCGGCUGCCGGCGGCUGCGCCGCUGGUGACGAGCCCGCAGCGGCAACGGGAGUGGCGGCUGAGGAGUCCCGUGGGCAGGCGGCAGCUGCGCCGCGCUCUCGUGACAUCACCAUCAGCCUCGUCGUCAACGAGCGGAGCAGCGCGGGCCUCAUUCGCGUACAGGACAACGGCCGCGGCAUGUCGCCCAAGGAGCUGAGCGACUGGGCCGUCAUGAACCUGUCCAUGGAGGACCGGGGGCUGCUGCCCAGCGGUGCACAGCAUGGCGUAACAACGGCAGGCGGCAGCCGCUACCUCAGCGGUGACCUGUCCUUCUUCGGCGUGGGCUCUAAGAACGCGGCGUUCUUUAUGGGCCGCUCCGUUAAGCUGGCAACGCGCACCGCCGGAAGCGAGGCGGUUCACGAACUGCUCAUUGCGGGUGCAGAGCUGGAGCGCAGGUACAAGGCCGGCGAGGCUGUGUAUGAGGAGGACAUGGUGCACCGCCAGCCCGGGGACGAAUCCACGCUGUCCCAGCAGGAGGCGGCCUUCGGCGUGACACGCUCGUGGAUUGCAGAGGAGGUGCCGCCCGCCGCCUCUGCAGACGGCGCGGCUGGCGCCGCCUCCCCAUCCUCCUCCGCCCCCGGCCCCUCCUCCGGCUUCCCCUCCUUUACGCGCGUCACCAUCACCGACCUCCGGCCCGACGUGCUGGCGCUCAUGGCGAAUGCCGACAGCGGCGCCGCCGUGUGCCGCGACCUUGCUCACCUCUACCACUAUUACCUGCACGGGCCCGCCGGCAACGUGGACGCCGCGCGUGCCGCACCCGGAAAGGACGGCGGCCUAGCUGGCAAGGACGCGGCUGCAGCAGGAGCAGCCGGGGCAUCGGGCGGGGGUGUGGGCGGUGGAUCGGCUGGUUCUGGCGGACAGCGGGAGCUGCCAGGCGGUGAGGCAAUGCCGCACAUAGUGGUGGAGUAUAUGGUGGGCGGGCGGUGCGUGUGGCGGCGGCCGCUGGUGGAGGUGGACGACGACCUGGAGACUCGCUACGUGCGGGCGGCGCAGGCGCGGCUGGAGUUCAGCUUGGAUGUGCCGGGCAAGGGCGCUGUGGAGGGAGUGCUGUGGUACUUCCCUUUUGUGAACGGCGCCGAAACCGUGCCUACGGAGCAGGGGGCCGCGGCGUACGGCAGCGGCUGUCCGGGCGGCAGUGGUGGGGGCGCUGGUGGCGGCAAGCCUGGCGGAGGUGCUCCCGGGCCCGGCGUGCUAACCCUGGCGCACGAGUUGCCGACACAAAUGACGCUGCACGGGGCAGCGGCACUUGCAACCCAGAUGGUCCGAGCGGGUCGUGGCGGUCUGGGCCUUGGCCUGGGCACUCAGGCAGGCCAGCUGCCGGAGCAAAUGCAGCGGGCGCUGCUGGACCUGCUUGACUGCGAGGACGGGGCAGACGCUGGUGGCGACGGUGAGGCCCGCAGCACUGCCCCUCUGUUCGAGACAUUCUGGCAAGGCCGCCUCAUCCCCGGCAGCGGUCUAGACUCGGUGCCCUUCAUCGAGGCGGUGCGGGCCAAGCUGCGCGGCAGCGCCAGCGGCAAGGACUACGUGCCGGACGAGGUGUUCAGGCGGAUAAGGGGUGCGCUCUUUUUCGGACCCGCCUGGCGCGUCACGCGCAACAAGCUGACGUUCCGGGACCCGCUGCAGCAGCUGCUGGCAGCUGCGACGCCGGGCGACCGCGGCUUGGACCGGCGGCUGCGGGAGUGGCUGCGCGACUGCCACACACGGCUGGACCGCAUCAUCCGGUUUGAGGGGCCUGCGGACGUAGAGCUCAAGGCCCUGGUGCGUAAGGAACUGGGAGAAGCCAUGACGGGCUUCAAGUGCGCCAACGACGGCAGCCGCAUCAUUGUGGCAGGCGACGUGGUGCGACUGGCCACCAAGCCCGCGGCGCUGGGCCGCGUCAAGUACUUUGCUGUGCCGCAGGCGGGUGCGGCCGAGGGCGUGUAUGCCACGGGCUUCGUGACGUUCGCGGGCGUGCCGGACUUCGUCCACGGCAACGACCAUACCUCCACGCUGCCGCUGCGCCGCAUCGAGGAAGUGCUGACGCCGGCGGCGGUGGAGGAGUUUGUGACACGCGAGCGGGCCAAGCUGCCCUCGGCGAUCAAGCUGGAGCCGCUGCGCUUGGCUUCGGGCCGGCGGCUGGACAUGGCGGUGGGCGAGCCCGUGCCCGAGACCACCGUGGCCAUCUGCAACGCGGCCGGCCAGCGCCUCACGCGCACCUUCCUGCAGGGCCAGAAGGUGUCCCUGCGGGUGCAGCAGCGCCUGGUGUACCUGGGGCCGCGCCGGCCGUCGGCCUACUGCGCCGGCGGCGAGGGCGAUGCAGCCGCUGCGGCGGACGGGGAGGGCAAUGCGGACAUGCCGCAGGGGGACACGGUGAUAGCGGGCUCAGGCGCAGCGCCGUCUGCAGCUGCGCCCGCAGCCGCUGAGCCGGCUGCAACAGAAGCAGGAGGCAAACGUGGCCGCAAGCGGCGGAAAAAGAAGGGAGCAGAGGAGGACGACGACGAGGCGGCCGUUCAGGCCGCGCAUGGGGCAGCAGACGCAGAAGGCGGAAAGGAGAACCACGCGCCGUCUGCGCCAGGGGCGAAGCGGCCGCGACGCGGCGCGGCAGCAUCUGCCGUCGUCGCUGCCGCUGCAGCGGCUGCUGCCAACCCUGCGCCUGCGCAGCCCUCGUCGCAGCCACUGGCCGCAGCCACGGCCCCAGCGGCAACAGAAGGCGGCAGCGGCGGUGUCAGCAGCGGCGCGCGGGGCAGGCCGCUGGCUGAUGGUGUGGGCGAGGUGGUGCUCUGUGUAGAGAACAAGACGCCGGUGGACGGGUCGUUCCAGUUCAGCAAGAUUGCAGGCGGCCUGACCCGCGCCGGCACCUUCUUCCUGGAGUACCGCCUGCUGCCGGACCUGCCGCCCGGCUGUGCCACUGACGCCGCCGGCGCCGCCAGUGCAGAGCCCACGCCGCUGUGGUGCCGCAGCGUCAUCUACGCCACUGCCGGCCCCGCCGUGCGCUUUGAGCUGCGGGGUGAGGCUCGCGCGGUGCUGGCCACCAAGGCGCUCGCGCUGGGCGAGGCUUUGCCGCCGCUGCAAAUCACCUGCUACGAUGCACAGGACAACGAGGUGUCGCCGGCCGACGCAGCGGCGGUGCUGGGCAGCGUGUCAGCAGCCUCAGUAGAGCUGAUGCGCCGCAGCGGCGCUGGCGAGGAGCAGGCAGCGGCGUCGCAAACGGCCAUCAACGAGCUUAAGCUGGAGUGGCAGGCGGCCUCUACACCAGAGGCGGUCGUGCUACAGGGCCUUCGCGUGGUCGGCUGCAGCUCGGCCGUGGGCUGCAACGGCGGCAUGCGGGCUUUUGGAGGGACCGGGCAUGGCACCGGGGCAAACUCCUCACUGCAGAGCGCUGACCAGGCCCGUGGAUCUCCCGGCAGCGACCAGCGCGGUACCGGCGCGCAAGGCAGCGGUGUGGGCGGGGUUGAAAACGGCAGCGAUACCAACGGGACCAAGGAGUUGGACCUGCAGCUGCGAGUGACGCUGCCCAACAUGCCGGCACAGACGCUGCCAAUUAAGCUACGCCCGGGCGCGCCCGCGGCGCUGCGGCUGCUGCCCGGCCAUCCCUUUGCGCCCGCCGGCACCGGCAUAGGCUCCAUGACAACUCAGCUGCUGCCCGCAGCCGUCAUGCACGGCGAGGCCCUGCCUGAAUUCCAGGUGGCAGUGCUGGACGCCUGGGGAAACGCCACCUGCCCCACGCCCGACCUACCCACCCACCUGGAGCUGGAGGGGCCAGUACUGGCGCCCGCCUGCAGCCGCCUUGACGUGGACAGCAGCGGCCGCGCCACGGUGCAGGGCGUGCGCGUGGUGGCACCGGGCGCUGACUACAUCGGCGCGCAGCAGGAUGUACGGUUGAGCAUCCGAUGCAGCCCGCGCGGCUGCGGCGCCCGUGCCGCUCUUGAGGCCGCCGAGGCUGCUGCGGCGGCGGCAGUGUCCGAGGGUGCUGGGCCACUGGCGGGCUGCGGCCGGGGCUGGGGCAGCCUAGUGCUGCCGCUGGUGGUGCAGCCAUGCACGCAGCCCACGCGGCUGGAACUGCUGCUGGACGGCGAGCCGCUGCCGGUGGGCCCGGGCUCGGCAGGCGAUGGGCACGUGGCGCUGAUGGAGGGCGUGGCGGCGGGCAGCCGCGUCACGAGCCUGGCGCUGCGGUUCCUGGACGAGGCGGGGAGGCCCGCCGAAUCGGGCUUCAAGGGCAAGCUUCAGGUGUCGUGGGCCAAGGGCAGCAAGAAGGUGACGGUUUCGGACCCGGACGCAGUUCAGCCGCUGCAGCCGCUGCACGUCAAGGAGCAGGCUGGCGGAGAGCCGCAGAGCGCCUGGGUGCGCUUCGUGGGUGACGGCGCGCUGUCUGGCCUGACCCUUGAGGCCUCCCUGGAGCUGGCUGUGGUAGCGGGUGCGCCCGCGGCCUGGGGCAUCUCCGUCCUGGAGUGGUCGGGAGCUGCCAACGGCGGUGGAGACGGCGUGGAGGGCGGACGUGGAGGGCAUUCACAGGCCACUGAGAACCUGGGCUGCGUGGCGUGCGGAGCGCCCAUCUGCCUGGAGAUACAGCCGCACGAUGCGCACAGCAACAGGUGCACCACAUGGACCGGCAGCGCGCCGCGGCCAACCCCCGUCGUGGAGCCGGUGCGGGAGGGAGAGGACGCGAGCGAGGCCACCCUGCUGUACGAUGCGGCGGACUGGGUGUGCGGUUGGGAGCUGUCACAGCACUCGGGCUGCGAGGCCUACCACGUGCGGCUGACGCUGGGCGGCACCGCCGGCCCCGUGAAGCUGCUGGUGCGGGACAGCUCGGGGCCGGGCGGCGAGUCGCUACUGCUGCCCGAUGCAUUGCCGGUGGAGUUGCAGCCAGGCCGCCCCACCAGCCUCGCGUUCGACGGGCCGCAGCAGCUGCGAUGCGGGGCGCGCGGCACCCUGGGCGACCUGUCUGUCCGCGUCACGGACGACUGGGGAAACCUGGUGGAGGGGCUGGCGGCGGCAGGCGGGGGCCGAGGCGGAGGGAAAGGUGGGAAAGGCGGGGACGCCGGGUCCGCGCUGGAGCUGACGCUGCAGACCAGCGCCAUUGCGGCGGAUGGGUCGGGGAACGCCGCAAAGGUCUCCGUCGCCGGCAGCAACAAGGCAAAGGUGAUCAAGGGCUGUGCCGUGUUCCGGGACGUGCGCCUGGACGGCGCGCCUGGCACCUCCUACCUGCUGCGGGUGGGGUCGGCCUCACGCAAGGUGGCGCUGAGGGACACCAGCCUGCCCGUGGAGGUGGUGGCGCAGAACAUCGUGCGCCACGUGGCCCUGGCGCCCUGCAGCCUGCCGCAGGAGCCCCUGGAGCCCGGGCUGCCGCUGGAGCUGCAGGUGCAGGUCACAACUGAGGACGGCGCAGCCCUGCCGCCGGACAUUGCCACCGCCGGCCUCUCCCUGCGCAUCAAGGCACCCUCAGCGGAGGCGGCGGCCGCUGCGCGUGGCGAGGAAGGCGCCGCAGCGGCGAUGGCCGCUGCUGGCGAGGGCAGGGGCGGCAGCAGUGCAGCGGCAUGCACGUUGGUGCUCCAGCCUCAGCCGCAGGAGGAGGGCUGCAGCCCAGCAAGCGCGGGGCUGUGGCGGUUCGUCACGCCAGGGGCGCUGCUCGUUGCGGGCGAGUACACGGUCACGGCCGAGUAUGUAGAGCUGCGUGGAGAGCUGGCCAGGGCUCUUCCGAAGGCGGACCAGACCGUUCGCAGCGUGAGUCAUGCGCUGCAGCUGCUGCCGGCCGCGCCCAUCACAGCAACUCUGGAGCAGCCGGCCGCCGCCGUGGCGGCAUCAGCGUCUCUGGCGGUUACAAACGCCGGCGGCAGCGGCCGUGUGCUGCUGUCGGGGGCGGCAGUACAGCUCCGAGACGAGUACGGUAAUGCCGUACAGCUGGACGGCGUCCUUGUACGAUGGGUGCUGGACUGGCCGUCGCCAGGCGACGGCGAAGACGGAGAGGCAGCAGCCGCAGCGGAACGGGACGCAGCUCUGGCGGCAGGAGCAGAGCUUCCGUCACUGCAGGGUGGCUCCGCUGACGCGCCCCAGCGGCUGGAGGUUGUGACGGACGGCCGCGGCCGGGCCUUCGUCCGCGAGCUGGCUCUGGAACCCGGCAGCGGCCGUGUAGGCGCCGCACCGGAGGGCACGGACGGGCCACAGGCGCUGCACCUAGAGCUGAGGCUGGAGGUGGCGCUGCGGGCGGACGGCGGAGGCCCCACAGCCGGCGACGCCGAGGCCGAGGCCGACGGCGAGGAGGCGGGCGGCGCCUGGCUGCGGUGCUGGUCGGCGGCUGUGGUGUUCUCAGACGACGCGGCGCGGGCGGCCACGCUGCAGCGGCUGGGUGCGCGGCGAGACGAGUUGAUGGCCCUAGUGGCGGAGGCGGAGGCGGCCAAGGAGGAGGCGGAUAGGGCGGUCACAUCGGCGAAGCAUGCGGCGGCGCAGGCGCAGCAGGGGGUGGAGCGGGCUCGCAGCCGCGCGCAGGGCCACGGGCAGGGUGCGCAUGCGGCUGCUGGGUCGGUCAGGAGUGCAUCUGAGGCCCGUGAGCUGAUGCACAGCCUGGCGGAGCAACAGCGGCGGGCAGAGGAGGCGGCGAGGCAGCGCGGCGAUGCCAUCAGCGCACGGUAUGGCGGCAGUGGCAGUGGUCUGGUGCAGGCGCUGAACCGCUGCCUGGCGGCACAGGAGGGCGCCGGCGAGGUGGUGGGCGUGCUAGCGCAGCUGGCCACCGUGGAUGAACCCCGCGUGUCCGCGCUUCUGGCAGCGGCCUUCUCCUCCACACUACAGAUCCUGGUCGUCCGCUCCUACGACUGUAUCAAGCGGCUGCGCGGUAUGCUGUCCGCCGCGCGCUGCCAAGUGCCGUCCAUGCUGGCGCUAGGCAUGGCGCAGGCGUUCACGGGCGAGGGCGGCAGCCGGCAUUUGGCGGAGGUCAUAUCCUCCAUGCGGGGGGUGGGCGACAAGGCGGUGGCGCUGCAGGCGGCGGCGUGCGCUGGCGCCGACCCGCCCCUGAUCAUGGCGCUGCCGCACACGCGCGCGCUGGUCAGCAUGCCGGCAGACCGCGCCCAGUCCGUCGUGGCCUCGGGCGCCGGCCCCGCCGCGGACGAGUGGCCCGAGGGCUGCCUGGGCUACGCAGUGAACCUGCUGCGGCCGGCGGUGCCCGGCCAUCGCGCGGCGCUGUUCUACAGCCAGCUGGGGCGCACGCUACUAUUCGAGACACUGGACCAGGCGGCGGCGUACCGCGCAUACGUCCUGCAGUCGCUGGGUACGGCGAUGGGCGACGUGUACACGCUGGAUGGCGGAAAGCUGAGCGGCCGAGGCGUGGUGGUGGGCAGCGGCUUUCGGGUGCUGCCGCUGGAGGAGGCGCCCGUGCGCUUCGGGGCGGGGCAGGGGCAACAGGCGGCCCUGGCAAAGCAGCUGGCGGACAAGGUGGUAGAGGUUGAGGCGCUGGCGGUGGCGCUGGAUGCGGCGGAGGCCGCAGCGGGGGCCUCUGGCGAGGCAGAGGUGGCCGCGGAGACGGCGGCGGCUCAGCUGGCAGGCGUCACUGUGGAGGUCGCGGUCGAGCUGCAGCACAUUGAGUCUGAGAUUACCCGCCUUGCUGGCAGGCAGCAGCAGGCAGCAGACGGCGGCGGUGGGCGGCGAGCUGGGCGGUCGAACAAAAGGAGACGUGAAGGAGCGGCCACGCAGGGACGGCGGGAACGGGAGCGGGACGUGGAUGCGGAAGUGGAGGAAGGUGCUGAGGCGCCGCCGCAGCCGAGCACAGGGGAGGCAGAGGACAACGGCAACGUUGGCGUUGGUGGUGGGAAGCGGCAACGGGGCAGGAGGAACCAGUGUUAGACCGCGUCAUGGGCCACCUUGCAGUAGGCUGCGUAUGCAUGCUGAUACAGGCACGAGCACCUAGUUUGACACUUGACAGUAUAAGUUGCCUGCUGAUCGCAGAUUCAUUUACUAUCCACGUACAUACUUCAUACGUCUGGUGUUACAGACCUUGGUGACAUAGCUCAGGGCUUUAAAUCAUGCUGUGCCUGGUGCCCAUGUCCCGAUGCGGGCUCUUGGUGACUGUGUGGCUCUUGUGGGUUUGAGCUUGGCUGGGGGUAAUGUGUGGAGCGUUGGGAAAGAUGGGGAACGGCAACCACAGGGCAGACCUUAUCUGUUUGGGCCAGAAAUGGGUCGCUCGCUGCUCCCUUCUGGAUAUUGAUGUUGCAUUUAUAUGUCGUGUGUGGCUUAGUGCUUCACCGUAUUGAGUCUAUUCCGGUCGUGACAUCGCCCGCCGAAUCCAGGGAUACCUGUAAUACGGUACUUAC